GUUAGCAACCAGGCCUUGUGUGACAACGGUUCCUAGGCAGAAUUUGUUGUUGAUGUGUUAGCGGUACACACAGCUACACAGCGUAUACAAGUGUUUAUCAUUUUCAUUUAGCUAAAGUCAAAUAAAAAACGACGUUCUGUGACAGCGCUCGGAGAACUAAGUUAUACUUCGAUAAUUAGCUCGAAAAUUAGCGAACGUUAGUUGAAAACCCACAAACUACUCUCCAAGAUGAGCGAACAGCUCAAACUGAUCGUUGAACAGCUGAACGGGGAGCCUUUUAAGAAAAACUUCAAUCUCAUUACAUUUGACUCUCUGGAGCCAAUGCAGUUACUGCAGACUUUAAAUGAUGUUCUGGCUGAAAUUGAUCCAAAGCAAGCCAUUGAUAUACGUGAGGAAAUGCCUGAGCAGACGGCUAAGAGAAUGUUUACUCUUCUUGGGAUGCUGAAAUACAAACCUCCUGGAGGAAUGUCUGAAGUAAGCAGUUUUCGUCAGGGUUUGGUGAUCGGCAGUAAGCCUGUGGUGCACCCCAUCUUGCACUGGCUGUUACAGAGGAUUCCAGAGCUGAAGAAGAGAGCGUACCUGGCCAGGUUCCUCGUCAAACUAGAGAUUCCUGCUGAGUUUCUCCAAGAUGAUAUCAUUGCUGAGACCUUCCACCAGUAUGAGGAGCUGGUGGGGGGAUUCAAGAACAUCCACAAAGAGUGUGAACAGCUGAAGAGCUCAGGUUUCUCCACCGCUGAGAUUCGACGGGACAUUGUUGCAAUGGAGGAGGAGAAGGAUCAACUCAUAAAAAGGGUGGAGCGGCUUAAAAAGAGGGUAGAGGCAGUGUCAACCCAUCAACGCAUGCUGGAACUGGCCAGACAGCUAAGAGUGGAAAAAGAAAGAGAAGAAUCUCUUGCUCAUCAGAAACAGGAGCAGAAGAACCAGCUCUUCCAGGCAGAGCAGAGACUGCAGAGAUGUCAGAUCCAGCUUAAAGACUUGCAGCAGGCAGCCGCAGAUGAAAAGCCAGAGAGUAAGUUGCUAUACUUAAAGACACCUGUCCCAGAAUCACUCACUCUGUGUAAGCAUGGGUCAUGGAUCAGAGAAACCAACACAGAGAUCAACCAUCUGAUUGAGAAGAGGAUGAUGCGUAACGACCCAAUGGAUGAUAAACUCUCUUUGUUCAGACAGCAGGCUGCUAUUAUAGUCCGUAAGAAGGAAACCAAGGUGGAGGAGUUGCAGGAGGCCCGUGAGGAGUUGGCAGCUGUGGAGAGAGAACUGAACAUGAAGAGCAGUCAGGCACGAGAGCGGGGUGGAGCAGAGCUGAUCCGUGGAGAUGAGUUUAAGCGAUAUGUGGCCAAGAUGCGUGGCAAGAGCAGCACUUAUAAGAAGAAACGCCAGGAGAUUGCUGAGCUGAAGGUGGAGUAUGGUGUUCUACAGAGGACUCAAGAGAUCCUGAGAGAGCGACACACAGCUGGACAACAGCAGCUGCAAUCUCUGGAGGCUCAGCGGGGGAUCUUGGGCUACAGCGAUACUCAGGAAGAGCUGGAGAGAGUCUCCGCUAUCAAGAGCGAGCUGGACGAGAUGAAGGGACGAACGCUGGACGAUAUGUCUGAAAUGGUAAAGAAGCUGAAUUCGGUGAUAGCAGAGAAGAAGUCUGCUCUGUCUCCUCUGAUAAAGGACCUGAGAGCUUUAAGACAGGAACACGCAGAGCUCGCUCCAGAGUUUGAGCAAAAGAAGGCUCAGUAUGACACCUGUGCUGCAGGACUGGAGAGCAACAGGUCCAAGUUGGAACAGGAAGUGAGGAUGCUCAGGGAAGAGAUGGCACAGGAAGAAAGCCGAUAUCAUCACAUUAACUGCAUGAGAGAGAUUAUUGAGAGUCAAAUGGAGAGGGCAGCAGAUCAGAGUAAGAUCAAUCAGUCAAUGGACUUACAGGUGCGGAGGACGGCUCUCAGAGAGAAGUACAUCGCGAACACGGCGGACCAGGAGUCCUUGGGCAAGGGUCUACGUCAGCAGGUGAAGCAGGUGCGAGAGAACCAGGAGCCCAAUAUGAGACAGAUGAAGAUGUGGAAGGACCUGGAGACUCUGUUGGAGUGCAAGAAGCAGUGCUACCUCAAGGCUCAGAGCCAGGCCCCUAUUGGGCACGUCAUCCAGGAUGUUGGCAAGGAUAUGCUUGUUCUGUGAUGCCAUUUCCCUUGUAAAAGUAGUUUUUCUGGUCAUUAUUAUAUGAAUUAUAUAAAUAACUGUAUACAUUGUUAAAUAUGUAAAGUUGUGUGUAUGUUAAUUUGUAUAAUAAGGAAUAGUUCACCCAAAAAUGAAAAUUUGCUAAAAAAAUUACUUUCUC